UGAGGCAGUCACAGCCUUCAUUUGUCGCAAUGUCUGAGUUUAUUUUAGCUUUGGUAACAAUAUCAGGAUUAUUCCCCAUCACCAAGGCUGUGUCAGUUCUAGUUGAUAAAGAACACAAAGCAUGUGGACCAGCUGAAUUUCUCUGCUAUGACCAGAUGACCUGCAUCUCAUUGAACUGGCUUUGCGAUGGUGAACCAGAUUGUUCGGAUGAUUCAGAUGAGUCUCUUGAUCAGUGCACUGGACACCUAGAAUUUACAUGUCCUGUGAAUCACUUUGACUGCAUUGGGACAAGACGAUGUAUUCACAUGAGCAAACUCUGCAAUGGCAUAAAUGACUGUCUGGAUGGACUUGAUGAAGGAUCCCAUUGUCGAGAAUUUUCGCCUACAUGUAACCAAGCCAAUUGUCAGUAUCGAUGUGUAGUCACAAGAACUGGCGCAACUUGUUACUGCAGCGAUGGUUUUAAAGUAGCACAAGAUGGGAAAAGUUGUGAAGAUUUUGAUGAAUGCAGUGUUUAUGGAACUUGUAGUCAGAUAUGCACGAACAACAAUGGAUCCUACACAUGUGGCUGUGUGGAAGGUUACUUGAUGCAGCCAGACAACAAAAUUUGCAAGGCCAAAAAUGAACCCUUUGAUCGACAACCUGUACUUUUGAUUGCCAAUGUUAAAAGUAUUGUGGUGACCAGUCUGAAUGGAUCAAGUGUUCCUGCUCAGAAUUCUGUCACUGCUAAUGGAAUCAUCGCUCUGGAUUUUAUUUAUGAUGAGGAGCUGGUCUGCUGGAUAAUAGCUGAAGAAAUGUCUACUCAUGCUGAACUGAAAUGUGCCAAGUUGACACCGCUGAAUGGAUUUACUGAAGAGAGAGCCAUCAAUAUUUCACACAGCCUCCACAAUGUGGAACAAAUGGCUAUAGACUGGCUUACUGGAAACUAUUACUUUGUGGAUGAUGUCAGUGACCGAAUAUUUGUGUGCAAUCAAAAUGGUGAUACUUGUAUUACACUACUAGAUCUGGAGCUACACAAUCCCAAAGGAAUUGCCCUUGAUCCAGCCAUGGGGAAGCUAUUCUUCACUGAUUAUGGGGAUGUUGCCAAAAUUGAAAGAUGUGACAUGGAUGGACAAGGCAGAUCCAGGAUUGUGGACAGUAAAAUAGAACAGCCAUACGCCAUCACACUCGAUUUAGUAAACAAAUUGGUCUACUGGGCAGAUGUUUAUCUCGAUUACAUCGAAGUGGUGGAUUAUGAAGGGAGGAGUAGACAUACAAUUAUUCAUGGACGUGAUGUUCAACAUCUUUACAGUUUGGCAGUGUUUGAAAACUUCAUUUACGCCAUCAAUUUAGAUAACUUCACCGCUAAGUACAAAUUAAGCAUCACUAAAAUAAACAGAUUCAAUGGUACAGACAUGGAAACACUUGCAAAACUAGAGAAUGGCAGAGUUCUACACGUCUACCACAAACUAAGGCAACCACCAGUUAGAAGUCAUGCUUGUGAGCUGGAUCUGUAUAAUAAACCCGGAGGAUGCUCUCACAUCUGCCUACUCAGCAGCAGCCACAAAGCAAGGACAUGUCGUUGCAGUACUGGCUACGCCUUAGGGAAUGAUGGAAAGUCUUGUAAAAAACCAAAGAACGAACUGUUCCUGUUUUACGGAAAAGGACGUCCGGGAAUAAUUCGAGGAAUGGAUAUGAAUACAAAAGCAGUUGAUGAAUAUAUGAUACAAGUAGAAAACCUUGUCAAUCCACGAGCUCUUGAUUUCCAUGCAGAAACAAAUUAUAUCUACUUUGCUGACACAACCAGCUUCUUAAUUGGACGACAGAAAAUCGAUGGCACAGGGCGAGAGACAAUCCUAAAAGAUGGUGUAGAUAAUGUUGAAGGCAUCGCUGUGGACUGGAUUGGGAAUAACUUGUAUUGGACAGAUGAUAGUUACAAGAAGUCUAUAAGCGUAGCAAGACUAGAGAAGGCUUCUCAGACCAGGAAGACUUUGGUAGAAGGUGAAAUGUCACAUCCAAGAGCCAUCGUUCUGGAUCCAAUGCAUGGAUGGAUGUACUGGACAGAUUGGGAAGAGGAAGAAAUAGACAACAUGACAGGAAGAAUUGAGAAAGCGUGGAUGGAUGGUUCCAAUCGACAGUUGUUUGUGACAACAAUGAUGCUAUGGCCUAAUGGUUUAACCCUAGACUACAUCAAUGGAAUACUGUAUUGGUGUGAUGCGUACUAUGAUCACAUUGAAAGGAUUUUUUUAAAUGGCACAGAUAGAAUGAUAGUAUAUGGUGGCAAAGAAGUGAAUCACCCUUUUGGAUUGUCACAUUAUGGAAAAUUAAUUUUCUGGACUGAGUAUACAAAUGGAACAAUUUUUCAAUUGGAUUUAACAUCAAGGAAUGUUUCAUUACUUCGAAAAGAAAGGCCACCAUUAUUUGGACUGAGGAUCUACGAUGCUCAGCAGCAACAACAACUACAAGCUGAUAACUUGACUCGUGGAAACAAUGGUGGAUGCAGUAGCCUGUGUUUGAUAAUCCCUGGUGGAAGAGUUUGUGCUUGUGCUGAUGGUCAAUAUUUGGAUAACGACAACGUUACCUGCAAAUUAAAACCUGGCCCUCCCACUCUCCAACAGUGCCAUUUUGGAGAGUUUGCUUGUCGAAAUGGAAGAUGCAUUCAGGAGCGCUGGAAAUGUGAUGGUGAUAAUGAUUGCUUUGAUGGCAGUGAUGAAGACCAAGACAUCUGCUACAACAGUACAUGCCCUGUUAAUCACUUCAGAUGCCAAAAUAAUCGUUGCAUUCCUAAAAGGUGGCUGUGCGAUGGAGCUAAUGAUUGUGUCAACAGUGAGGAUGAAUCAAACGAAACUUGUUCAGGGAAGACUUGCCAACCCAAUCAGUUUUCCUGUACCUCUGGACGUUGCAUCCCAAUGUCAUGGGUGUGUGAUUUAGAAGAUGACUGUGGAGAUCGAUCAGAUGAAGCCGUAUCAUGCGCAUUUCCUACCUGCGCUCCUCUAACUCAGUUCACUUGUAAUAAUGGAAGAUGCAUCACAAUUAAAUGGCGUUGUGAUUCAGAUGAUGACUGUGGGGACGGUAGUGAUGAGGUGGGUUGUUCUCCUUCCUGUACCAACACUCAAUUCAAAUGUAACAAUGGCCGGUGUGUUCCUGAGCACUGGAUCUGUGAUGGCGACAAUGACUGCGGGGAUUUUAGCGAUGAAACCCAUGCCAAUUGUACAGAACCAGCCACAAGGUCACCUGGUGGUUGUCACAGAAAACAAUUUCAGUGUUAUUUGGAUGGCAACUGUGUUCCACAACGAUGGCACUGUGAUGGGGAUUGGGACUGUGAAGAUGGCAGUGAUGAAAGCAGCUGUGAAGGAAGCAUAAGAACCUGUGACUCUCAUUUUGAGUUCAAAUGCAAAGACUCAGGACGAUGCAUCAAUUUGACUUGGGUCUGUGAUGGGGAAAGUGACUGUGAAGAUCACUCAGAUGAAGAAAACUGUGGAACAUUUGGUUGCAAGCCACCAACCUAUCCUUGUGCUGGAAAUACAUCAAUUUGCCUUUUGUUGGACAAGUUCUGCAAUGGGAAAGAAGAAUGUCCAAAUGGUGCCGAUGAGAGCGCACUUUGUGAUGAGUGCUUUCUGAACAAUGGAGGAUGCAGUCACCAUUGCACUUUUGUAACAGGGGAAGGCCUCGUCUGCUCUUGCCCGACAGGAAUGCACUUAAGCUCAGACAAGAAAACCUGCAUUGUCCUCGAUUACUGUAGAAACCAUCUCCGGUGCAGCCAAAUAUGUGAGCAACACAAGAAGACAAUUAAGUGCUCAUGUUAUGAGGGAUGGUUACUUGCACCUAAUGGUGAUAGUUGCAUUAGUUUAGAUCCUAUUGAGCCGUACAUAAUUUUUUCCAUUCGGCAUGAGAUUCGAAGACUGGAUCUUCACAAGCAAGACUACAAUUUAUUAGUCCCUGGCUUGAGGAACACAAUAGCAAUUGAUUUCCAUUUCAAUCAGAGUUCUCUCUACUGGACUGAUGUUGUGGAAGAUAAAAUUUACAAAGGAAAGCUGUCAAAAGUUGGAGCUGUAAGCAACGUGGAAGUUAUUGUACAGCAUGGUCUAGACACUCCCGAAGGGUUAGCUGUGGACUGGAUUGUGGGAAACAUCUACUGGAUAGACAGCAAAAUGGAACAGAUUGAAGUGGCAAAACUGGAUGGCAGCAUGAGGACUACCUUAAUCGCAGGUUCUAUGGUGUAUCCACGGGCCAUAGCUUUGGAUCCUCGAUAUGGAAUUCUUUUUUGGACAGAUUGGGAUUCUAGUUUCCCACGUAUCGAGGCUGCGUCAAUGAGUGGAGCAGGACGGAAAACAAUCUACAAAGCUUUAGGAACUGGUGGCUGGCUUAAUGGACUAACAGUGGAUUACCUUGAGAACCGAAUUGUUUGGAUUGAUGCUAUGUCAGAUGGUAUAUAUUCAGCAUUAUAUGAUGGCACAGAAUUGAUAGAAGUCCUACGUCAUCAUGAAUACCUUUCACAUCCAUUUGCUGUAACAGUGUAUGGAGGCGAUGUCUAUUGGACUGACUGGAAGACUAACACCCUAUUGAAAGCCAACAAAUGGACUGGCCACAAUGUUACUGUCAUACAGAGAACCAGUGCAAGACCAUAUGACCUUCAGAUUUACCAUCAAACAAGACAGCCACAAGCACCAAAUCCUUGUGAGUCCAAUAAUGGCAAAGGGCCAUGUUCUCAUUUGUGCCUGAUUAAUUACAAUGGAACUGCUGCAUGUACAUGUCCUCAUCUAAUGAAACUGGCCCCUGAUGAAAAGAACUGCUAUGAACAAAAGGAGUUUUUUAUUUAUUCAAGAAAUUCAGAGAUCCGUGGAGUUGAUGUUGAUAAUCCAUACUACAAUUACAUAACACCAUUUACUGAUCCUGAUGUCAGUCAAGUUAAAACAAUUGAUUUUGAUGCCUUCGAAGAACGAAUUUAUUGGUCUGAUUUAAAGCCGCGAUUUAUAAAGCGCGCCUUCAUAAAUGGCACAGGGAUAGAAAUUGUCAUCUCAGCAGACUUACCAUACGUUCAUGCACUUGCAGUGGACUGGGUUUCCAGAAAUAUAUACUGGACGAGUUCUGAUUUAGAGGAGUCUCAAAUAAAUGUUGCACGUUUAAAUGGAUCCCUACGGACUUCUAUCAUCCAUGGACUUGAUCAUCCACAGUGUUUAAUAGUGCACCCACUAAAAGGAAAGCUCUAUUGGACUGAUGGGAACAAUAUCAGUUCAGCAAACAUGGAUGGCAACAACAUCAAGAAUCUUUUUUCAAAUCAAAGAGAGCCUGUUGGUCUUUCUAUUGAUUAUGCUGAAAAUAGACUGUACUGGAUUAAUUCCGGAACUGGAAUCAUAAGCAGAUGUAACCUGGAAGGUGGUAAUUUAGAAGUGAUCAGUUCGAUGGCACAAUACUUAACCAAAGCAACAGCCCUGGCUAUUAUGGGAGACAAGCUAUGGUGGGCAGAUCAAGCAUCUGGAUGGAUUGGAAUCUGCAAUAAAGUGGAUGGUUCAGAGCCUGUCAUCAUGCGGAAAAAUAUUGCAACUGUAUUGCAUAUGAAAGUCUAUGGGAAAGAGAUGCAGCAAGGUACUAAUCUGUGUAGUGUGAACAAUGGUGGAUGCUCUCAGCUCUGCUUGCCAGUCUCAGAAACAAGGAAGACAUGCAAGUGCACUGUGGGAUAUCAGUUACGCAGUGAUAAAAUGUCAUGUGAAGGUUUUGAAUCUUUCCUGAUGUAUUCUCUUCAUGAAGAAAUCAGAGGAAUAUCACUUGAACCCAAUGAUAAAUCAGACGCCUUGCUGCCAAUAUCUGGGACAUCGCUUACAGUAGGAAUAGACUUCCAUGCAGAGAAUGAUACAAUUUAUUGGACAGAUAUGGGAAGGAGUACAAUUAGCAGAGCUAAACGAGACCAGACCUGGAGGGAUGAUAUUAUCACAAAUGGUCUUGGACGGGUUGAAGGCAUAGCAGUUGAUUGGAUAGCUGGUAAUAUAUAUUGGUCAGAUUAUGGCUUCAAUAUAAUAGAAGUUGCAAGAUUUAAUGGCUCUUUUCGCUAUGUGGUCAUCUCCCAAGGGCUUGAUCAGCCACGUGCAAUAGCUGUCCAUCCAGAAAAAGGAUUCAUGUUCUGGACAGAAUGGGGGCGGAAGCCUUGUAUUGGUAGAGCACGUUUGGAUGGAUCAGAACAAAUUGUCCUCGUGAGCUCCAAUAUUGCUUGGCCAAAUGGGAUAUCAAUUGACUAUGAGGAAAAUAAAUUAUACUGGUGUGAUGCCCGUACAGACAAGAUAGAGAGAGUUGAUCUUGAAACUGGAGAAAACCGAGAGAUUGUGCUGUCAGGCAACAACAUGGACAUGUUUUCAGUUGCAGUCUUCGGGGUUUACAUCUUCUGGUCUGACAGAGCACAUGCCAACGGGUCCAUCAAAAGAGGGCACAAAAACAAUGCUACUGAUGCUGUUACCGUGAGAACCCAUCUUGGAGUAAAUCUGAAGGGUGUGAAGGUUUUCAACCGAGCCAGGGAGAAAGGUACCAAUAUUUGUGCAAAGAACAAUGGUGGAUGCCAGCAGCUUUGCUUGUACCGUGGAAAGGGUCAAAAAACCUGUGCAUGUUCAUACAGUGUCCUUGCUGCGGAUGCAGCCAGCUGUCAUGAUUAUGAUGGGUACUUGAUCUAUUCGGAGAGAACAAUACUGAAGAGCAUCCACCUUACAGAUGAAACUAAUUUAAACCCUCCAAUAAGGCCAUAUGAAAAACCGGAAUACUUCAAAAAUGUGAUUGCCUUGACUUUUGAUUACCGGCAAAAUUCAAAGGGCUCAAAUCGAAUAUUUAUGAGUGAUGUUCAUUUUGGAAAUAUCCAGCUAAUCAACGAUGACUGGACAGGCAGAAGAGUAAUUGUGGAGAAUGUAGGCUCAGUUGAGGGUCUGGCAUAUCACAAAGCCUGGGAUACACUUUACUGGACAAGUUCUACAACAUCAACUAUUACAAGACAUACUAUUGACCAAAACAGGUUUGGAGCUUUCAACCAAGAAAUCAUUGUUGCAAUGUCUCCUAAUGACCAUCCUCAUGUACUUGCAUUGGAUGAGUGCCACAACUUAAUGUUCUGGACAAACUGGAAUGAACAACAACCAAGUAUAAUGAAAGCAACCUUGUCUGGAGGAAAUGUUCAAGUCAUUGUCAGCACAGACAUUUUCACACCAAAUGGACUGACAAUUGAUCAUAAAGCAGAGAAACUGUACUUCUCCGAUGGCUCUGUUGGACGAAUUGAAAGGUGUGAAUAUGAUGGGACACAGCGAUAUGUAAUUCUGAAAUCUGGACCAGGCACUUUCUUUGGCUUAGCUAUUUAUGGUGAUUACAUCUUCUGGACAGACUGGAUGCAGAGAUCUGUAAUGCGUUGUGAUAAGUACACAGGAGGAGAUGUUAAAGUGCUACGUUCGGAUACCACACAUCAACCUAUGGGAAUUAUGGUUGUAUCUAAUGAUACCAACAACUGUGAACUGUCUCCAUGCAAGAUAAUGAAUGGGGGUUGCCAUGACCUUUGCUUGUUGACUGUCGAUGGUCAAGUAAAUUGUUCUUGUAGAGGAGAACGAAUACUGUUAGAUGACAACAGAUGUGUUCCCGCAAACUCAUCUUGCAACAUUCACACUGAAUUUGAAUGUGGGAACAAAGACUGUAUUGGAUACCAUUUGACAUGCGAUGGAAUUGUUCACUGCAAAGAUAAAUCCGAUGAAAAGCAAUCAUAUUGUGCAAACAGGAGUUGUCGAAAAGGCUUUAAGCAUUGCUACAAUGGCCGUUGUGUGUCCAAUGCAAAGUGGUGUGAUGGCGUUGAUGAUUGUGCUGACAACUCAGAUGAAGUAUCUUGCAAUAAUUCUACAUGCACCACAGCUGAGUUUCGUUGCAGAGAUGGUACUUGCAUUGUCAAAUCAGCACAGUGUAACCAGGUGAUAGAUUGUAAUGAUGCUUCUGAUGAAACAGAUUGUGGCAACACAGACUGUGCUGGUUUCUAUAGAGUUGGAGUCAAGGAUACAAAUUUUAUAAAAUGUAAUAGCACUUCUCUUUGCAUCCUCCCAUCAUGGAUUUGUGAUGGUUCCAAUGAUUGCGGUGACUACACAGAUGAAUUAAAUUGCCAAGCUCACCACAAACUCAAAUGCAAAGAACAUUACUUUGCAUGCCCAAAUGGACGAUGUAUUCCAGCUUUUUGGAUAUGUGAUAAGGAAGAGGAUUGUGAAGAUGGAGCAGAUGAAUCCCAUUGUGAUUCCUUCUGUACAUGGGAUCAGUUUGAAUGCCCAAAUCACAAAUGCAUCUCUAACCAUUGGGUCUGUGAUGGUACGGAUGAUUGUAGGGAUGGUGCUGAUGAAGCAGCUUCUCUCUGUGGUUCAGUCACCUGUGCUCCUGAUUUGUUCCCAUGUCCCAACUCUUAUGUUUGUCUCCCAAAACAUUGGCUGUGUGAUGGUGAUAAAGACUGUCCAGAUGGAAGUGAUGAGCUCUCCACAGCUGGUUGCACACACAACAGCACAUGUGAUAACAAAGCUUUCAUGUGUCAGAACAACUUGUGUGUUCCACAACAUUUUGUCUGUGACCAUGAUGAUGAUUGUGGAGAUGGAUCUGAUGAACCACCAGAAUGCGUGUACAAAUCCUGUGGCCCCCAAGAAUUCCGUUGCGCCGAUGGAAGAUGCCUUAUCAGUGUAGAUUGGGAAUGUGAUGGGGACUUUGAUUGUCUUGACUAUUCAGAUGAAGCACCUAAAAAUUUAAAGUGCAUAACAGGUAGACAAGCAUGUGGCGAUUCUUCCUUUUUGUGUAAAAAUGGAAGAUGUAUAAAUGACACCUUCACUUGUAAUAAGCAUAAUGACUGUGAAGAUGGAUCAGAUGAAAGAAAUUGUUUUGUUAAUGAAUGUGCUAAUAAGCGAAUUAGUGGAUGUUCACAAGACUGCCAGGAUCUGAAUAUUGGGUACAAGUGUAAAUGCUGGCCAGGUUUCAGACUGAAAGAUGAUGGCAAAACCUGCCUUGACGUUGAUGAAUGUUCAACCACCUUCCCCUGUAGCCAGCAAUGCAUCAACACCUAUGGAACCUACAAGUGUUUUUGUGCAGAAGGCUAUGAAAUACGAGCAGAUAAUCCCAAUAGCUGCAAAGCCUUAUCAGCGGAGGAACCAUUUUUAAUAUUUGCUGAUCGGCAUGAAAUCAGAAAAAUGAGCAUUGAUGGAUUCAACUACACUUUAUUAAAGCAGGGGCUGAAUAAUGUUCAUGCAAUAGAUUUUGACUACAGGGAAAAAUGUAUUUACUGGGCUGAUUUCACUACACAAGGCAGUACAAUAUCAAGGAUCCAUUUGAAUGGAAGCAAUCCUGAGGUGGUGCACCAUACAGGACAAGCUAUUCCAGAUGGAUUGGCUGUUGAUUGGAUUGGCAAAAAUCUAUAUUGGUGCGACAAAACAAAGCUGACUAUUGAAGUCUCAAAACUUAAUGGGCUUUAUCAGACAGUCCUUGUGAACACAGGAUUGAAGAUCCCGAAACACCUAGUGAUAGAUCCUCGCACUGGAUAUUUAUAUUGGACUGACCAUGGCGAUUAUCCACAUAUUGGCCGUGUAGGAAUGGAUGGAACUAAUCAAAACAUUGUCAUAGACACAAAAAUCUCAAAGCCAAGUGGUCUCUGUCUGGAUUAUGUGAAUAACAGGCUGUACUGGGCUGAUGAUGAGCAAGGUUCUAUAGAGUUUGCUGACCUGGAUGGAUCCAAAAGACAUAGAGUUCAGAACCAAGAUAUCCCACAUGUUUUAGCAGUGACAUUAUUUGAAGACUACAUUUACUGGACAGAUUGGAAAACUAAGUCGGUCAGCCGUGCUCAUAAAACCACAGGUUUAAACAAGAUGUCACUAAUCAGCUCCUGGCAUCAGAUAAUGGAUAUCCAUGUGUAUCAUCCUCACAGACAACCAGAUGUGCCUGGUCACCCAUGCAAAGUCGAUAAUGGAGGUUGCAGCAACUUAUGUUUGCUGUCGCCUGGAGGAAAAUACAAAUGUGCCUGCCCCACAAACUUCUACCUUGCUGCUGAUGGCAGGACUUGUCUUUCCAACUGUACCGCAAGCCAGUUUGUCUGCAGCAACGACAAAUGUAUUCCAUUCUGGUGGAAAUGUGACACAGAAGAUGACUGUGGAGAUGGAUCAGACGAACCUGAAUACUGCCCUGAAUUUAAAUGCAGACCAGGUCAGUUUCAGUGUGGCACAGGAAUAUGCACUAAACCUGCCUUCAUCUGUGAUGGUGAGAAUGACUGUGGAGAUAAUUCAGAUGAGGCAAACUGUGAGACACAUGUUUGCCUUCCAAGUCAGUUUAAGUGUUCACAGAAGAAACGGUGCAUUCCAAUCAUCUUCAGAUGUAAUGGUCAAGACAACUGCGGUGAUGGAGAAGACGAAAGUGAUUGCCCUGAAGUUACCUGUUCUCCAAACCAGUUCCAGUGUGCUGUAACCAAACGUUGCAUUCCUGAAGAAUGGGUCUGUGACAAGGACCAUGAUUGUGCAGAUGGCUCUGAUGAAUCAAAUUGCAAUGAAAGAACUUGUGAACCAUAUCAGUUCCGGUGCAAGAACAAUCGUUGUGUACCUGGGCAUUGGCAGUGUGACUAUGAUAAUGACUGUGGAGAUAACUCAGAUGAAGAAUCAUGUGCACUUCGCUCCUGCUCGAUGAAUGAGUUUACCUGUGCAAAUGGUCGUUGUGUUGCAGCCAGAUGGAGAUGCGAUGGAGAUUAUGAUUGCUCUGAUAGUUCAGAUGAAAAAGACUGCGUUAUUAAAUGUAAAGAAGAUCAAUUCCAAUGUAAGCAUGGCCACUGUAUUCCUGUCAGGUGGCAUUGUGAUGGAGAGACUGAUUGUCUAGAUGGCAGUGAUGAAGAAAACUGUGAACAAGUGAAAACAACCUGCAACGUAGAUGAAUUCCAAUGCAACAAUACACUUUGUAAACUUCUAUCCUGGCUGUGUGAUGGAGAGGAUGACUGUGGAGAUAACUCAGAUGAAAACCCAGAAACAUGUGUAAAGUUUCAGUGUCCACCCACAAGAUCAUUCAGAUGCAAAAAUGGGAGAGUGUGCUUGCAACCUGAGCAAGUUUGUGAUGAAGUGAAUAACUGUGGUGACAACUCUGAUGAAGUGGAUUGUGGGAAGCAAAUUCAAAGGGCAUGUGGAAAGGAUGAGUUUACAUGCAGCAAUGGGAAGUGUAUUCCUGUGGAACUACAAUGUGACAUGUUCAACGACUGUGCUGAUGGUGGGUCUGAUGAACAAGACUGUACUAAAAAUUAUAAUGAAUUUAAUUGUGAUCAUGAAACAAAUCCUUGUGGGAUUGAUGCCUAUUGCAACAGAACAAUGUUUUCACUUUUCUGUGAGUGUCGGCCUGGCUUUCAAAGGAACAAAGCCUCAAAGCAGUGUGAAGAUAUUAAUGAGUGCCUUCAAUUUGGAACUUGCUCGCAAUACUGCAAUAACACAAAAGGAUCAUACUUGUGUGCCUGUGGAAAGAACUACAGAAAAGCUUACAACCACAGUUGCAAAACAGAAGGUUCAGAACAUCAAGUGCUCUACAUUGCAACCAGAAAUGAAAUCCGCAGUAUAUAUCCAUUUGACCCUAACUCAGCCUAUGAACAAGUGUUUCAAGGAGAUGAGACUGUCAAAAUUAGUAUGAUGGAUGUGUAUAUUAAAGGCAGAAAGAUCUUCUGGACCAAUGAGUACACCGGCAAAAUCUCCUACUUAGACAUCUCAGACAGCCGGGAGAGACAGACAAGUGAUGCUACAGAUUUGAAUAUUCCUGGCUUCCAAGCACCACAGGGCAUUGCAGUUGACUGGGUUGCUGAGAAUAUCUAUUGGACUGAUUCUUUCCGAAAUGUCAUCUAUGUGGCUAAGAUUAAUGGACAAAAGUACAAACGACUUGUAUCUGGGAUGAUGGACAAACCCUGUGCAAUUGCUCUUGAUCCCAACAGAGGAAUGAUGUACUGGACAGACUAUGGUAAACAGCCCAAAAUAGAGCAAUCUGCCAUGGAUGGAACUUUGCGAAGAAUUCUCAUACAUAAGGACCUACAAUGGCCUACAGGACUGGCCCUUGAUCAUUUCAAUCAACGUUUAUACUGGGCAGAUGCCAAGCUUUCAAUUGUUGGCAGUGUCCGGUUUGAUGGCAGUAAUUCUGUUGUUGUUGCCAGCAUUAAACAAGGUAUCCUAAGUCCAUUCAGUAUUGAUGUCUUUGAAGAUUAUAUUUAUGGAGUGACGCACACCAAUAGUCGUGUUUUUAAAGUUCACAAAUUUGGAUACACUCAUCUUGAAUACUUGGUGUCAGGCCUCAAUGAUGCCUCAGCUACAGUGGUGUUCCAUCAGUAUAAACAGCAAGACUUGCCAAAUCCUUGCAAUAAAAGGAACUGCGACUGGCUUUGUUUGCUGAACCCUACUGGUGUAACAUGUUUGUGUCCAGAUGGAAAGAACAUGAUUAAUGGAACAUGCGUUGAUUGGGACUCUCCUACAGCACUACCUUAUGGAAGUACCUGUAAUCUAGUCUGUAUGAAUGGAGGAACUUGUUUUGUAAAUGAACGGGACCAGCCAAAAUGCAAGUGCAAGCCUCGUUAUGCAGGACGGGAAUGCGAAAUGGAUCAGUGCAAAGGAUAUUGUCAAAAUGGAGGAAUCUGUUCAGCAUCAACGUUAGGAAAGCCAGCUUGUCGCUGUCCAAUAGGAUUCACUGGUCCAACUUGUAAGAAGAGAGUUUGCGACAGCUUCUGUCUCAAUGAAGGCAUUUGUGAUGUGAACACAGGAAAUCAGCCUUAUUGUUACUGUCUACCAGAUUUCACAGGGGACAGAUGUCAAUACAAUGUAUGCCACAAUUACUGCAUGAAUUUAGGUACCUGCAAAAUUAACAAUGAUGGCAGUGCUCAAUGUCUCUGCUUACCACGAUUUGAAGGACCAAAAUGUGAAGUAGAUAAAUGUGCUGUUUGCCACAGUGGCGAGUGUAUUGUGGACAAAGAGACACGACAGGUUACCUGCAAUUGCACAAACGGAAGGAUUGCAUCCAGCUGCCUGUCUUGUGAUGGAUACUGUUACAAUGGUGGCACUUGCCAGCUGGGCCCACACUCUGAAGUGCCCACUUGUGUAUGUACAGUGGGGUUUAAAAGUGAUCGAUGUGACCAGAAAAUGAACCUUUGUGAUUACUACUGUCAAAAUGGCGGGGUUUGCACUUUAACUGCACUUAAUGAGCCUCAGUGCAAGUGUUCUGAUGAAUGGUCGGGCACACAGUGUGAAAGACCAGCUCCCAAGAGCAGCAAAACUGAGAAUACCACAGGGAGAAACAUCACUUUUAUUGUACCACUCGUUAUCCUGGUUUUUCUGAUUAUUGCAGUUGUCGUUGGAAUAAUCAUCUGCAAAAGAAGACAACGUGUGAAAAUUGUACGAAGGCAUCCACUGACGAAUGGAGGCAUGAAUGUGGAAAUCGGAAAUCCAACAUACAACAUGUAUGAAGUUGACCGCAACCAUGAAAAUUCCGGAGGUUUGCUGGAUCCAGAUUUUACAUUAGAUUCGGAAAAGCCGACAAAUUACUCAAAUCCUGUUUAUGCAAAACUGUACUUGGAUACAUCAAACUGCCGGAAUUCCUUAGUCAGCACAGAGGAAAAGAAAGAACUUCUUCCAAAGAAAUUAGCAGAUGGCCUGCGGGAGACUGUUGCUUAGAUAACCCUUUAGUCUUGUAUCUUUUUUAAACACUGUAUAAAUGUAUAAAGAAAGGAUUAAUUUUUCUAUGUAAUGACAGUGUUCUGAUUAUAUUUUUUUGCAUCAGCACUUAUCUGUGUUUUUGCGCUGAAGUUUCUUGACUGACCCUUAGUCCAACAUUUCUGUUUAGUGGACCGGGAAAGACACCUGCACUAAACCACGUAAAACAAAGCUGCUGAUUGCAUUUCCCAGUGUAUUGAUCCUGUACUUGGAAAAAUCAUGUCAAUUUUUUUUUUUUCAUUUGUAGACAAGUUCUGUUUUUGGUAGAAGUACAGCACAUUUGACAAUCUCCACUGCAACAAUUUCAACUAAUGAAUAAUUCUGAUUAUAAAUAUUUUUUGACCCUGUUGAUUUUCCCAUGACUGGUUUCAAUACCUAUUGUCUUUGGGGGAGAAAAAUGCCCUCAUUUGAAGCAGUUUUGGAAUUGCUGUGGUCAUUUCUUCAAAUAAUUAACCAAUAAACAGCCAACUGAAACUUAAAUCAAACAUCAAAUUUCAGGGUCUGACUGAACUGCUGGUUUGGUUCUUAUUUAGCUUGUCAUUGUUUUUAUUUUAAAAUAAUAGUCUAUGCUUGAUGGGUUGCAUUUCAUUUUGUUUGCGUAGAAGAGAAGGAGAUUUUGAUAUGUUUCUAUUAUACCUGGCUUGGUUUGAGUAAAUAAAAUGUUGCAUAUUCUAACCAAAUGUCGAAACUGAUCCUGU